AUGGAUAACUGGUCUGCUAGUUGUUCUUAUUUUCUUCAUGUUUCAUGGUUGGAUUUCGUUGUAUUCCAUUAUAUUCCCAGUUUCUCCCUGUAUAACUCUGUAUUUCCCUCCGUCCUCUCCUGUCUCCUUCCUUCCCUCCAGAUGCUCGUACCUUUCCUGGUGCUGAUGUCACUGCGCAUGGCUCUUGUUGACGGUGUCGGCGCGCCCGUCCUGACUUACAGGGAAACGGACCCGACCACAGGCAAGCAGGUGGAGUGCGAGCGCUGCCCGCCGGGGACCUACCUGCGCUCGCGCUGCACGUCGACGCUAAAGAGCGAGUGCGCUCCGUGUCCGACGGGCUCGUUCACCGAGCUGUGGAACCACAUCGGGAAGUGUCUGCGCUGCGGCGUGUGCGGACAGAACCAGGUGGUGAAGACGGCUUGCACCGCGAACAGCGACUGCCAGUGCGAGUGUAAACGGGGAUUCUACUACAAGAGGAAGUACGACCUCUGCGUCCGCCACAGCGAGUGUCCGUCAGGACAAGGAUUGCUGACCGCAGGUACGGCAGAUGAGGACACAGUCUGCCACAUAUGUCCCAAUGGCACCUUCUCUGACACCGUCUCUGCUCACCACAACUGCACAGAGCACCAGAGCUGCUAUGCCGUAGGGCUGCAGCUGCUGCUGAGGGGCUCCACCUGGCACAACAGCGUGUGCAUGGCAGAUGAUGGGCUCGCGUCCAGAGAUGGAGCCAUCUACCUCAAAGAAAUCCUCCCGGCUUUCUUCCUCCACCAGAAAACGUCCAUCAGGCGGCUGCGUCGGAUUGUGCACAACCUCCCCUCUGAGGACGGCAAAAAACAGGGAGGAACUUCACAACUUAACCUUUCAGAACUUAAUGUGCGGCUCAACGCUUGGGUCGCUUCUGCUACCCCAAAACAAAUUCGGGAGUUUCCUGCCAUACUGAUGAAAAUAGGAGCAAACGGCGCCGGUGAGAGACUACGGAACAAGCUGCAGAGAAUCGACAGCAAACUGAUGGAGCUGAGUGCUUUGGGGAACGAGGUGCAUUCAGUUUUAAUGCCAGAAUAAGACGAGAUAGAAAACAGUGUUCAUUUCAAAAAACGGAACUUCUGAAUCUUCAAAGUUCAAACAUUGCUAUUCAAGAUGUUCCGUCAAAACAGGCUUUAGAACUUUUUAGAUUAGUUAAAGGAGAGCACCAGUCACUCAGAGGUUAAGUUCAUUUACUAUCUGCAUCUACCUAAUUAGCACCCCUCCCAUUUCAGAGAAUUCCAGUGUUUUGUUGUUUUUUCCCCAUAAAAUAGACCAAACAGUCCAAACCUUAUGGUGUCACCAAGCUGGAAAUGACCUGAUGUCCUGUGUCAUGAAAAAAAUAAAUAAAUGGAUGUUAUAAGCAACUAUGCAGGGCAACAUGCUUUGGAGGACGCUUCAUUUCAGGUCAGGUGAUCGACAGGAACAGGAUCUAAUUAUUUAAGGAGAAACAGAAAAAAGUGUGUUCACUCUCCAAAGAAUUGUAGUAUUUGUACUCAGAAGUACAUUCCUCAUUCCACAACAUAUCUUUAUGUUGUGCAUACGUACUAACAUGAGGAAGUAACGUACUCCAAAGUACAAAACUGCUUUAAAAAAACACAGGUACUACCCUUAAAAACAUACAAAGUGUUGGUCUACGCUAUAUCUACCUCUUCCUACGGCUACAGUUAAACACAGACACGGCACCGGUCCUGCUAAUUCCAAAGGUUUCUGUGUGACAGCACAAUAUGUGAACUGAGAUUUUAAUUUAUUUUGCUAUUUAUAUGAAUAAGGUCAUUGUAUGCACGUGGAGCUGGGGCAGCUUUGAACGCUUUGACCCUCAAAUAAAAAUGAACACAAAUAUGUUCAA